GUCAGUUGUCAAGGGGUGCUUUCUCACAUAGAUGUGUAAGAAAUGUUUUUUUCUUGAGAGUGGAGAGAGACAGACAGAGACAGACAGAUAGAGACUAACAGACAGAGAGAGAGAGAGGGACAGAGAGACAGAGUUUAAUUCGCCAAACUAAACAUCACGCGAACGUCAACUUGAGAGUACCGAGGAACUAGCGAAGGACGUGACUGACCUCAUGAAUUAUUCAUGAGCUGUUAGAAGGAGGCUUGAUCUGCUCAGGAAGGGUUGCACCAUGUCGGAUCGUGAGCUGAGUGGUGACGAGCAGCAACAGCCGCAGGGUCAAGGCGCAGGAUCUGGUGAGCAGGAACUGGCCACGAGAACACUUCAUAUACAAUCAAAACGAUUCUACCUUGAUGUCAAACAGAACAGACGUGGCAGGUUUAUUAAAGUGGCAGAGGUGGGUGCAGGUGGGAAGAAAAGUCGCCUCCUUCUCGCGAUGUCUUCUGCUGCAGAAUUCCGUGACUAUCUGACAGAUUUCUCAGAACAUUAUGCAUCCCUAGAGGACAAUGACGAUAGUCCGGCCAACACUGAGAACCCACCGGAGGAUGGUAAGCUGAAGAGUGAGAUGAUCGUCAAGGACAACCGGCGCUACUAUCUCGACCUGAAGGAGAACCAACGUGGGAGAUUCCUCAGGGUGUCACAAACAAUACCACGUGGUGGUCCACGUUCACAGAUUGCCAUCCCCGCCCAGGGCAUGAUAGAGUUCCGGGACGCCCUCACCGAGUUGCUGGAUGAGUUCGGCACCGAUGAUCAAGGUGAGGAUGAGCCUCAAAGUGAAUUGCCUGAAAGUCGAUCAAUGCGAGUAGAAAACAAGAUGUUCUAUUUUGAUGUUGGUUCGAACAGACGAGGAGUUUACAUGCGAGUAUCGGAGGUGGUCUCUGGGUAUGAUUCACGGAAUUAUAGAUCGAGUCCUCAGGUUCGAAAUAACUUCCGCACUGCCAUCACCAUUCCAGAGCGAUCUUGGGCCAGGUUUCGUGAUGUACUUUCGGAAUUCGUUGACCGGCCCGAGAAGAAGGAAUCGCAGUAAGGCCAGAUCUACUUGCUGUGAACAGCGACCAAAACUGACCUGCUUAUGACUUAGGGAAUGUGCUUGGUGAUGUCCAUCGACAUGUCUGUAUGUGUGUCCUGUAUUUGUGGACCUGUGCCUGUUUACAAAGACUGCAUAUUUUAGCGAACAGUGGGUCCAGAUCAGAUUUAAACAAAAUGCAUUUAAAAAUGAAAAUUUGAAGAAAAAAACACCACAAUAAUAAAAAGAAAUAGAAUGUCCACAGUGAUGGUAAGAAAGGGAAAUAUUUAUGCCAAGUUAAUCUUUUUUGGCCCACUAUUUUGUGAUACAGUUUUUCUUAAAAAAAGAGAGAGAGAGAGAAAAAGAUAAAAUGUUAACUGCAGAGUGCAUUUUGAGAACUGUUUAAAGAAGCUGAGUAUGUCCCAUUAAAAAAAAUCCUGCCAAUCCGAUUUGAUGAGAUAAAUUCUAGGCACCAUGCAUCAUUUGCAUGAUGUGCCUCGGUGGCAGCAAAGCUUGCCUGCAAUCAUAUUCCAUUAUCAUUCUAUUAGCUCAUCACAUGCAUUAUUAUAUUUUUUUUUUUUUUUUUUUUUAAUAUGUGUAUUUUUAUUUUAUUUUAUACCAUAUCAUUGGCAAUGAUCGGAGAUGAUUAUGAAGCACAUUUCCUUUGUCCCCUUGUGGCGCGAAGAUCCAGCCCCAGCAGUCAGAAUAUAUAACCUAUACAGAUUCGUGGAAAGUUUUCCGUGAUUGUUUUCAUCAACAGUUCGGUAGUGAUAAUUGGUUUUUAAUAGUGUGGUUAAGGAGAACAAGGUUUUAAGCUUGUUACACUGUUAGCAUCCCUGUUAUUUGUUGUUGUUGACUGAUGGACUCUGGGAUAUUGUAAAUUAUUGUAUACAGACAGAUUGCGACAACUUAUUAUACUUAUUUUGGGAAGGCUGUACUCGAUCCUGUCGCUAAUGUGUAAAAAAGCAAAAUGGUGGUCGGCUUGUUGUUUUCGUAGAAAAUAUAACACAAGUAAUGCAGCUGCGCACCCCCAGUGGUGGUACUCUAGUUAUGUGGUUGUCGAAUGCUGCUAAAAACCUUGUUAAAAACGUGUUUUGUUCCAAUACUUUGGUACAGCAAGAUGGGUACAGAGACAGUUUGUCUGUGUUGGUGUAGGCAAUGAUUACCGCAAACACAAUGCUAAGUAGAUGUUAAGGUUAAAUAAAAAUACUGCAUGGGUGUGCUCUGAGAUACAUUAUCUCAUGCAGUCGGCUCAGGUACCUGUUAAUGGGCCGUUUUAUAAAAUAAAAUAAAUGCAUUAGAUUGCACAAACGAAAGAAAAAACAUGGGUUCCCACUUGCAUCCCAAGAACCAAAGGCAAUCCGGCCGAGCAGCAGAGAAGAUUUAGACAGAUAAACUGUCUGUGUGCCACAUUGCAAUGUUUUAGGUUGAGGUGUUGAUAUUUCUUCACAUGGUUUGCCGAUAAUUGGUCGCAGUAUUUAUUGUUGUCAUGUUAUGAAUAGUGUACAUUUGUGUCAUGCAUUUGGACAUUGGUGAGGUCUUGUUAAUGACUAUGUGUAACGAUGUUUAUUGAUCGAAAACGGAAAUUGUAUAGAAGCAUGCACAAAAAAAUGAGAAGUGGUCCUCUGGGAUUAAUUAUCAGAUGUCAGUGAUGGGGGAAAUAACCUAAGAGAGAGAAUCGGAAAAAGAAAAAUGUGUCUUGCAUAGACAUGCAUUAAAAAAAUAAUAAUACCCAUCAUAUGUUGUGUGGAGAUAGUUACUUUGUUGAUUCGUGUAAGAUGUUUUGUACAUAUGUGAUAACUAUUUAAACAAAAACAUUAUAAUGAUAAAAAAAAAAUCUUUUUAAAACGGUGACACAGAAAAUCGAAACAUCAUCUCUAUUAUAUGAUAUAAAAUUGCACUUAAUUUGACUCUAAUUUGAGUGUUUCUUUGCUUUAUCAUCAGGAAACUGUUUUCAUAGCUAUGAUUCGAUACAUUUUAAUAGGUGUCGUUUCCCAUUAAGCAGUUCCAUUGUUGUGUCCCUUAUUUAUUAUCUUGAAGAAACUUUAGUGCUAAAUAACAUGUUCAUCUGUUAUUUUUUAUGUAUUUUGUUGACCGCUGUAUAUUAGAAUUUGACAAAUGAUUUACCCAUAUUUAUCAACAGACCUUAACAGGGACAAAUGUCGAGUUCCUUGUGUUGCUAGAGCCUUUUCAAAUCCUUAUUAGGAAGUUCUAUUUAUGUGUUGUAUUAAGUAUUGCACUGGAAGUUUAUAAUAACUCAUUCUUGUUAUAUGGGGGGGAGGGGUUCUUAAACACUUUUUUUUGUUGUUGUUGUUGCAUGCCUUACACAAAAUAAUUUUGGGCUUCUUGUUAUUUUGUGAUAAUUUAUUAACAAAGGAGCUGUGAUCUACUGGCUUGUUACGUACUUAGGUGAACUGGAUUGGAGACGUUCCUAUUUUAUGUUGGCUAGCUAAAAAAAAUAUACUGUAGAGGUGCAGGGUACACAACCCACAAUGAGUUGGGUUUUAUUACCUUGAAUCAUAGGUUCUUUUUCUCGUUGAAGGGGCAUGAUCAACUUGUUGUCAUGUUCAUGCAUUUUAACAGCUGUUCUAUUACAAAAUUUACAGUUUUUAAAGCCAUUUUUAACACUUUGUGCAGUUAAAGUAAAACUAAUAAAGUUUCUAAUUCUGGUAGCAUCAAAGGGUAAGAACUUCAGUACAUGUAGAUAUUAGUGAACAUUUCUUCCAAAGGGCUGCAUUUGUCUUCUUCCAAACGGCUGCAUUUCUAAUGCCUUCAUCAUAAUUGUAAGAGGAGAUAAAACUUUAAAUGUCAUUUUAUAAUGAAAAUAUGCAUCUUAUGUUGAUGAUGCCCUAUUAACAUUAAUAUUUUCCCAACAAAACACAUAAAUGGCAGUCAUUUUUCAUAAUUUUUUGAAAGUUUUUUCAAUACCUAAUGAUGGUUAAUUUGUUGGACAGAAUGUUUUGUAUUACACAUCUAAGCCAAAAAGAUUAAUUUUCACAGAAUUGUGAAAAGGAGAUUUUAUAACUUGUUUUCUUUUUACAUGUUUUUUUUGUUUGUUUUUUUGGGGGGGUGGGGGGUGGGGGGCACCAGUUGGGAUUGUAAGGCAUUUCUGUCUGUAGGGUAUAUAUCUUGUUAAAGAUGCUAACAUGAGGAGUUUGGGGUCAUAUAUAUAUAUAUAUGUAUAUGUAUAUGUAUAUGUAUAUAGAAAGAUAGAAAAUCUAUCUCAAAUUAUAAAGUAUUCUUUAUUUUAAUUUCAGCUCUGUUUGUGUGACUAUUACAGAACAACUAAUUACAAAGAGUACCAGCAAUUUUAUUUCGUUUUAUUUAUAUUUAAUAAAUUUACCACAUACAAGUACAUUCAAGCUAAUCCACUGGUGCUCGUACAUUUUUAUAUUCUAGAAAUAAUAAUUAUUUGGUUCAAUGUUUAUGCAGAUUUAUUUAUUCUUGUGGCUUUGAAUGCUAUGUUCUCUUGGGAUUUUUUUGGCAACUAGUUUUUGGGUCAUUUUAUGAUGUUCAGUAUACAUAGAUCAGCAUCCAUCUUUCAAAAUAAAAUGUCUAGACCACCUUUUAUCGGAAGCAAUUACAGAAAAUCAAAUUGUUUCUCUGAAUUACUUUGACAUUAUAUUGUUAAUAUUUUUUUAAUUUAUAAACAUUAUUUAAAAUAAACAUACCAAUAGCAUGAUUAUAAGUUUUUGUUAUAAAAUUGUCAAAAGUUCAUUACAAAAGUGGGUUGGUGGAUGUAGUAACAUUGCUGUGAAAAUCAUUUUUUAUUGUUUGUACCUUUUCUUGGGAAAUAGAUGUCAUUAUUUUAAACUUGUUUGCAUUAUAUUCUUAUUCCUUCUUCAGAGUACUAAAACAAAAAGUCAUUCAUUUGGCCUACAUCAUCUCAGUUGUUUUCCAUCAUGAAAUGCAGUUUAAAAUGCAUAGCCCAACGAAUGUGACUGAUAUAUGUAUAAUAGUAGAUGAAGCAAAAUAUGAAAGUUUGUACAGUCUUCCUCUUAUUUUAGAAAAUAUUUCUUUCUUUUUUUCUUUUGGCUUCUCUUUUUAAUGAAACUUAUUGUUAAUUUUUAAUUUUCUGUUUGGUUUCUGCUGUUAAAAAGUACAUAUACGGUUAUGUUUAACAACUGUAUUUUAAUUUUAAAACUGAAAAGGGAUAGUUCAACAUUUUUAUAAAUUAAAAGCAAAUAUGCCAGCCAUAUAUGUACCAUUUCUCCACACAUUAUUUUUACCAACCCAAAUGUUACCAAGUCACCUGUAAACUAGUACAUGUACAUUUAUUAAUUACCAUUUUGUUCGCUGCCAUUGUGGUUAAUUUUUCAAUUUCUUUUUUGUUUUUUUUAUUUCUAGAGUACAAAGAAACUGAAAAAAAUCUGGAAAUUUAUAUAAAAUUAUAUAAUGGAUUUUUUAAAUAAGUAGUAAACACAAUGACCUGUUCUUGGUUAAUUUAAUAUUUCUAGUGUUAUUUCAUACAUAAGCAAGUUGUUAGCGUAAUAUAAUUUAUAUUAUAUACACUGAACAUUUGAUCAAAGUGGAGUGAUUGUACAUAUUUUGCUAUUUUAUAUUCUUGACACAAAUUUGAUUUUCUUCAGAAUAAUCCAGUGUCAUUUGAGAUCUUUUGAAGACAGUGUCACAAUGACAAAAAUUAUUAAUAGAUAUAUUUGUUUUUGCUUCGUUUCUUUAUUGAUAGUGCAGUAGGGUUAGUUGUUUGGACCAUAAAAUGCACAGCAGAUACCCUUUCCAUGUGAUAUGUAAAGAUGUUGAACCAUCCCAUUUGUUUUUGUUUUCCCAUCCAUGAUGUAUAUUUUGGUCAGGCUAAAUGUGCUUAACCACCCUCUCCAGAAUUGUUUGUUUGUUGAAUCCAUUUAUUAGAAGAUUUCUAAGUGCUCCAAUAACUGUUAAAUAAUGAAAGAGUAUAGAGAAGCCCAAAGACAUUAUUUUUUUAGGUAGGUUCUUAGAGGUGUUUCAAGGUUGUAAUUGCAGUUUAAGCUGUACAGUACUUUUACUUAAUAACAAUGGAAACAUGUUCUAAAAUUGUUGUGCAACCAUUAAAUCUAUACUGUUGACA